AUGGAUCUUUCUCAUCUCCUCUCGUCCUCACUAGCGCCAGUGCAGGAGACUCUCAUUUCGUACCUCGGCCCGAAGGAGUUCGCGACAUUGGCUGAAGUAUCCACAGGCGUUGGCACUGCGCUCAGCGGCGGGCUUCCUUCAUGCUACCAAAACAUUGAGAGAAAGCUCAAAACCUUCUUCGGGGAUCCCAAGGCGUUCAGACAAGUUCAAGCCAACACCGGCGCGAUCAUUGGCGGUGACUUUGCCCGCAAGUUCAUUGCUAACGAGCUGCAAACUCCCGUGCAAGAACUAUACAUCUAUACACAGUACUCAGAGGUUAAGCCCUUGGACCUCCGUACCCCGAUAAAUGACUUCCUGGAGCAAGAACGCUGGGUCGCUGAUGAGUACAACAAGACGGGCCUGGCCAUAUUUCGAAAGCCACAGGCUGAAUAUGAUGGAUUGACCAUCUGUGUCUUGGAUUCAAUGGACUCUCCUCUCUUGAAGUUGCUCAACGCGGCUUCAUCUACCGCGACAUUGAACUUCAUCACUUCGAACAGGGCAUACUCUUUGUUUCCGCGAACGACCUUCAUCGACAAGGAGUGCUACGUAUUACAGAACCUGGCGGCGAAUAAGGCCGCGGGUAUGGUAAAGCAACAUGGUGAUUGCCUUCGGGGUUUGACAUGCGACGGUAUCCAGACUCGACUUCUGCAUUGGGAUGAUAAGCAUACGAACCUUAUUACUCGCCCCCGCCGUGUCGGUGAUAAGUAUACGUAUAUAAUUGAGCUCGACGCCGCAGGUAUCGAUUGCAGCAUAGUAGCGAUACCACAGACUGUCGUGGAGUGUUCUACCUUCAAAAUCAAGCUCUGGCGUUGGAACAGCAGAGAUGAUCACGAAGGGCCGGUAUCACGUUAUACCAUGAGUGUGAUUGGAGUGGAUAGUGCUGUCCUCAAACGGUCCUAUGUCGUCUUGCGGGAAGACCAAAAAGAUGAAUAUGAGCCCGACCACCCGGCACCAUCGAGGCUCUAUCAAAAGACGAUCCACCUUGUAUACCAAAUCCGUGCAUUGACGAUAUUAGAGCUUUCCAAGUUGCCAGAGAGCGACCGCCCGAUCGAAUACAACAACAUUAUGGAUCCGAGGACUCGCGAGACGUUCGAGUGGAAAAGCACCAAGGUACCAGAGACGUGGUCAUACUACGACGACGACUUUAUGAAGCAGCUGGGGAAGCUGUGGAGGGAGCACGAACGCGACGAGAUGGAGAAGGGCGAUGAUCGGACUAGCCAGUAA